AUGUAUUUCGGUCAGUCCCUGAGAAAUGUUCUAUAUCUGUGGCUGACUUCUGAUAGCCUGAGCCGUACUACCUUUGACAAAGUUGUCAAGAUCCUUUCGCGCAAUCCGAUCUUCACGUCGAAGGGGAAGAAGCCGCAGCGACAUAUCAAGUGGCAGUUGGGCUGCUUUCUCAUUCGAUACGGCCAGUAUGGAUCACCAAUCACCGAUACCAUGCUCAAGACCGGCAUUGGGUAUGGCACAGUCAUCCUCUACUGCCGUCGAGUCAUCCGUGCCCUCCGUGAAUUGCGUAGCAAUUUUGGGGGUUGGAUGACUGAUGUUGAGCAGAGCGUGACGGAGGAGAGGAUUCUUCAUCGUAUCGGAUUCCCGAAGUGCCUUGGAAGUGCCGACGGCUCCCUUAUCCAAACAACCGACAAGCCUCGUCAGGACGGCCCAGCUUACCUGACCCGUAAAGGGUUCUUUGGCUUUGCCGUGCAAGCUACGGUUGACGCAGAGAUCUGGUUCACAUCUUGGGAGCUUGGGUGGCCUGGAAGCGUAACAGAUGCACGAGUAUUCAAAAACUCGCACAUUUGGCUUCAUCGGAAUCAGUACUUGAAGGACGGCCACUAUAUCCUGGCUGACAAGGGUGACUGCACUUCUAUCUUGGCGUUUCCGCUUGACAUGAUCUGA